AUGAAGCCCCUUUACGACCGAUAUUAUAAACUUGCAUCUUUAUUUAUAAAGUAUUCGGGAUUAUGGCCUGAUGAAUCAUUCCAAACGACAUACAUAAUGUUUUUUAUUUUCAUAGUUUCUAUUUUGUCAAUUUUAAUACCAGAAGUAGUAAUGCUGUACGGAUCCAUUGGUACACAGAUCACCGUGGUUCUUGAAAAUACACUCGCAGUGAUAUUUUGCAUUGCCAGUAUACUAAAGUACAUCAUAAUGUACAACAAAUCAUCACAAAUAAAAUCGCUGUUCACCCAUAUGAUAAAAGAUUGGAAGUACCUGAGAGAUAAUACAGAGCUUGACAUACUUCACAAAUUCUGUAACCAAGGUCGGUUAAUGGUGAACUUUUACUCCGUUGUUUCAGUCAUUGGUCUCGUGACGUUAAUGGCGCCGUCAUACGUGUCCUACGUUUUGAUCAAAUAUUUUUCCACCGAUACCAAAACGUAUCCACCAUUGGUCCUUGUUUACUGCGACUACGUUUUUUUCAAUCAAACGGAUUAUCAUUUUUCAACAACUACUCACAUGGCAAUAGUACAAUUCGAAAAUUUGUUCUUGGAAACCGCAAUAACGUCAACUUACGUUAUCUCCGUAAAACAUGGUUGUGGAUUACUUCGUAUCGUGGGAUAUAGAUUAGAGUGUAUUGGCCAAUUUGAGGAAAGCGAAGGUAAUUACUCGAUGGACAAUCGCAAAGAAGUUAAAGAAAAUUUAAAAGCCAUCAUGAUUUUGCAUAAUCGAAUAUUGAGGCAUACCAAACAAAUAGACGCUGCAUUCUGCGAAAUCAUUGCCAUACUACAAUUGUUGGCAACUAUUUCAAUGGCGAUGACAUAUUUUUAUUCGUUUUGCAUUCCCAAUACUUUUGUAAAAAGUUUGAAAGGCGCCUACUUUAUGCUCGGUUUAAUGAUAUAUUGUUUAUACAUACAUCUCAUUGGUCAAAUGCUCGUUAACAGCAGCGAGAAUGUUUUUUAUUUUUCAUAUUGCAACAAUUGGUACCUGAUUUCCCCGAGAGACAGAAUGUUACUAAAGUUGCUCAUGCGUAGCUCAAUAGAGCCGAUUCAACUUACCGCAGGCAAAAUAAUGACCCUGUCAAUGGAGUCGUUCGGAAAAGUCAUGAAAGUUACUGCCACCUACGUUACCGUUUUGACGACUUGUACGACAAAGGGAGAUAAGAAUAUGCUAGAAUUAUCCGGGUGA